AUGGAUGUCGAGGGUAAUUACUUCACCGUUCUCGCAUACCGAUACACCACCAUUCUUUCCGCGCAGCUUAUCAACUUCUGGGCCAUUGUCGUCGUUGUCGUCGUCUCCGCUCUCCUGCUCAAAGUCCGCUACCACUGGACUCAAAUUAUCGGUAUUCUCGUUUGCUGCGGUGGUAUGGGUCUGCUUAUUGCCUCUGACCAUAUCACCGGCGCCAACGGCGGCCAUGUGCCCGACCAGCUCAAAGGCGAUCUGUUUGCCUUGCUGGGCGCCACCAUCUACGGCCUCACCAAUAUUACUGAGGAGUUCCUGGUGAGCAAGCGGCCCUUGUACGAGGUGGUCGGUCAGCUGGCUUUCUGGGCUACGAUCAUUUGCGGUGUUCAGUCAGCCAUUUUUGACCGCACCGCUUGGCGCACCGCUUCCUGGGACGGCAAAAUCGGAGGCUAUCUCUCCGGCUUUACCAUCUGCCUUUUCAUCUUUUAUUCACUGGCGCCAAUCAUGUUCCGCGUUGCUAGUGCUGCGUUCAUGAACAUCUCCCUCCUCACGGCCAACUUCUGGGGCGUCAUCAUCGGCAUCCACGUCUUCCAUCUUACCAUCCACUACCUCUACCCCAUCGCCUUCGUCCUCAUCCUCGUCGGCUUGUUCAUCUACUUUAUGAUGAUGUCGCGAUUCGGUGACGCCGUCAAGCCUUGGCUCGGAAGCAACCAGGAGCGUGGCGUCAGCGGUAUUGGGACUGCGAAGCGCAGAGUCGAGAAGCCUGAUGCGAUUGUCUAAUAUCGCAAUUUCGCAGCUUAAAUUUAUAGGGGUGAUUGGGAUUGUCCCCAGUCCCUCCUUUCCGUUCAAAAACUCGUAUAGGACGGAAGAAUCGUUUUGUUGGUUCUGUUGAUUUUCUUGUUUAAAAUUCCCGUUUUUUCCUGAACGCUCGUUAUGUCCAAUGCCUGUG